UCCUCCUCCCGCUGCCGCCUGCGGAUGCCUGUCAAUGUCCAUCUGUAUGUGAGCCGCCUCUGUUAGUGUUGCCUUUGCUGGAUCUCUCCGGUGCAAAGUAGGACGGUGAAUGGAAGUUGGCGAUCGGCGUGUGACAACAUCAACGGUGUGUCCUCCUUUCGAUCCGCUACACUGUGGGUAUUUCCUUCCCGAGAACAAUUCGGUGUAUGGUUAGAGUGCUAUGGGUAGAGUUUAUAUGCUGCGUGUGCGUCCCAAGCGAGUUUGGCACAGUCGUGAGGAGUCAGUGUGUCGUGUAUUGUCUGCUCUGUUUGGUCUGUCAAUAGUUCAACGAUCUCGCUCGAUAUUUAUGAUUGCGUGUUCACGUCGGCAUGCAAUCGUUAACGGAUACAGUCUGUCUCUAAAUUGCAUCGUUGUAGCGUAUGGCGUAAAUAAGAGCGUAACUAAUACAAAAUGCUAUUCCUAAUCCUCUCGCGAUAGAAUACACUAACCUACAACAGCCAGAUGACCGUCAGGCUGUGAGUGAAUGCCGCUCACUUCAAACAUGUCUUUCAGGCUUGAUAACAACACAUUGUGGCGCCGAUAGACCGGGCUGAACGUGGUGUCGGAGAACGAGCAUCGUGUGCUGGAGCUGCUGCUGCUGCACUCUCAGGGAUAUUUGAGCCUUUUCCAAAUUAUUCUAAAAAAUAAAAUUUUGCGUGUAGAGAUACGUGGAGACAGGCGCAUCAAUCGACGGACAGCAGCUUAGGACAGCAACAGUCAUGUCACCCUUGAAGCCCUAGCUGUAGAUCCUGAAGCGAUAUCAGUGCUUUCGAAUCGGUAUUAUGAGGUGGAACGACAUAGUGUACGGGUCAUAGUCGCGGCUGGGAGCUAUCGCUUUCAGCGUACAUUGCCAUUCUUGUAAGUGUGUAAAUCCGACAGUUAUCGAAGGGAGAUAAAUACUCAUAGUGCGCAAACCUUCGCUUUGGCUACUCCCCCUGUCGAAGUGCUUCAUCGUGGGGUUCGUUUAUCUUCUCAGUGUUGAUGUGUGAGUGGGCUUGUAUGUAAAUCUGUGAAAGAGAAGUGACUUUUUGCGUAAGCUUAUCGCCGGCACUAGCAGUAAAAGCACAGCCCUUAUCAUCAAAGGGCCACCAGUGGUAUCCCAAGUUUCACAGUUGCGUGCUAGAUAAACAACAAUUUAAGGAACUAAUAAUCAUAGCAACAACAAACCAAUGGUGCUAUCAUAGCGACGUACGGAGCUGUGCUGUUGAGUGCCGAGUGCGGAAAAUAUGUGGAGGUCGAAGAGAUUUCUGUCUUGUUCCGUCUGCUUCCACCGCUGCUCCACGGUUUCCAGGGCCUAGAGGCCUAUGAGCCAAGCCCCUGUUUCGUGGACGAAUGGUGGCCCAACAUCAUCCGCGGUUAGUGGAUACAGCAACGGACUUUUGUUGCCGAUAGUCCCCCUGGAGGAGGACCAUUCCAGGGGCCAACCAUGCUGUACAUGGUGAUCCUUUCGUACGUCGCUUUUACAUACCAUACGGUUAAAGGGAAUGGCGAGGAAUUGCCGCAAAAGUCAGCGACGCAAGGGGACAAUGUUAUUUUAGACUGCCCUUUCGAGUAUCCAGACGGUACACCAGUGCCGUACCUCGUCCAGUGGCAUAAGAAGGACCACAAAAUACCCAUCUAUAUUUGGUACGACGGAUAUCCGCCCCAUGCGUCGGACGACUAUAAAGACCGCGUUUCGCUCUCGGGGAAAUCAUCGCUAAAUUUAACCAACGUGCGUGAAGCUGACAAGGGCUGGUAUGAGUGCAAGGUGUUCUUUUUGUCCCGGGAAACGAUGAAGAACGGAACAUGGAUUUACCUCGACGUACUGGCGCCUCCGCAUUUCCGAUCGAAGCCGCCCGAAAUCCUGUACGUAAAAGUCGGCGAAUCCUUGGUACUUCCCUGCAAGGCCGAUGGAACGCCGGCUCCACAGCUCACCUGGGAAAAGGAGGGUCAGCUGGUCGAAGUUGGAGCCGAUAAGCAUGUGUCUAUAUCCGACACCGAGCUAAAGAUUGGCUCACUGCGUCAAACGGACGUCGGAGAAUACGUCUGCGUGGCGAAGAAUUCACAGGGGUCGGUGAGCGCCAGCUCGAAAGUGAUCAUUGCUGGUCCCGCGGUCAUCACAUCGCCGCCGACGAACCUCACUAAAAUUGAAGGCAACCACGCGGAAUUUAUUUGCGAAGCGAAGGCAUUGCCAGCGAACAUCACCCAUAGGUGGUUGUAUAACGGAAUUGAUAUAGCAAAGGUAAGCUGGCUCUAUACCCGGACGUUACUGCGACAGGACGGCACGCUUUUCAUCUAUCCCACAUCCGCCGAAGAUUCUGGCUGGUACACCUGUGAGAUCUCUAACGGCAUUGGACAGCCGGACUCCGCAACUGCGUACCUGAACAUCGAGUACCCGGCAAGAGUUAACUUCACCCCAAAUUUUCAGUAUAUGCCAUUACACCUGCCAGGCAUGAUUCGGUGUUUUAUUCAAUCGAAUCCCAAUAUUCAAUUCGUAACGUGGUAUAAGGACCGGCGACCAUUUGAUGCCAACGCAAUGAACGAUAUCGUUAUGUUAAACAAUGGCAGUCUCUAUUUCCAGAACGUAACGCACGAGCAUCAGGGCCGAUAUUUGUGCUCACCGUUUAAUAUCCACGGUAACGGAGGCGCAUCGAAGAUCAUGGAGGUGCUGGUCAGAGAGCCACCUGUAUUCCGUAUCAAGCCGAAGGAGAUCUAUCAGCAGCCGCGUAACACGGAGAUAUCAAUGAGCUGUGAAGGCAAGGGUCAUCCGGCGCCGACAGUUACGUGGCGCAGAGCUGAUGGUAAACCGCUUCCAAAGCAGAGACAUCUGCUUUAUAAAGGCAAUCUGACGCUACGGAGCAUUCAGAAGGAGGACCAUGGUAGGUACGAGUGCAUUAUUCAGAACGAGGUGGCAACGCUUGUCACGUCGAGUUUGCUCCUAGUCGAGAGCACGACCCCACACGCGCCGACCAAUGUCUCGGUGAACACAUCGGCUUUCGCAGCGACUGUAUCGUGGCUGCCCGGUUACGACGGCGGGCACAAGCAGGAAUAUAUCAUUUGGUAUCGGUUAGCGCACCAAGAAGACGUCGAUUGGCGAACGAUUCGCGUCGUGCCAGAAAAUGCCGUUGCCCUGACCAUUCACAACCUUCAGCCCGAGUCUGUGUACGAGUUUCAGGUUUUGUCGCGGAACGCGUUUGGUGAUGGCUAUUUUAGCGAGAAAAUUCUCACAAAUACAAGCAAAUGGAAUUACAUCGAAGGAGCCUAUCCGACGGAUGCUUACGGCGCGACCUAUAUACCGACGGUAAAUCGCACACCUACAGGUCCGAAACCGCCUCCUCCCCAAGCUGUCGUUGUUAAGGAGCCGCUUCCAGGGCAGACGGGCAUUCACGUAUCGUGGUCACCCCCACCACCACCCCUUGUCAGCGGCGGGAGUCAGGGAGGCAACCAUAGUUUGCCAGGCGUUUCGUAUUACACCGUCGAGUACAAACUCGAGACGAGUAAUGCGUGGGUUCGAUCCAAGUCGAACAUCGUUCCCGGGCCAAAUCAGUCCAUGCAAAGAAUGCAGUACCUUCUUACAGACUAUCCGGCUCACGCCCACAAACUGAUCAUUCGCGUUGUGGGAUACACGCUGAUGGGAGCUUUUCAAGCCUCGCCAGAAAUUAGUCUUCUGUUACCGGACAAUGAGAGGAGUUCAAAGAAACGAGAUCAGGCAAUUGUAUCCGGCAUUGUUGGGGGCUUCCUCUUCUUUGUCGCGGCCAUUAUUGUGUCACUUUGCGCGGUAAAGAUGUGCAACAAGAAAAAGCGACGCCGAACAGAGAAGGCCUAUAUGACGGUCACCUGCGCCCAAGGUACGGAGCCCGGGCCAAUUUCGACCGGCACUCUAGCCGACGUCUGCUCUCACACGCAGACGCAUAGUCCCCUUGCUAUAAAAAAGUAACCUACGGCCCCCGGGGUUGAAACGACCCCGGGAAGCAUUUUAUCCGCGAUCGACACUAUGGCACAAACCACCACAACCACAACAGCUCUUGGAAAGGAACUUGAGCUCGACAGGCUGGACCACCACGGCCUACACCUCGAUUUCACGUAACAGCAGACUGGCAGCGCCAAGACACACCCGUCCCACGGCACCAUGUAGAUAACAGACUGAAUAACACGAUAAUGAUGGUAAACAAAGAUUAGUGUAAACGUGCGCAAACUGCUGUGACUCCUUAGCCGAGGUGACCCUGAAAACUGAUGAAAUCGUUCAAGCGUGUACGCGGCAGAAACUUGCAGAUAAGUGAUGUGUUUAGCGUUUAAAGUGUUGGACGGAAUCAGAACGAUUCGAAAUGUAGGAUUAGGGAAACCAGGACAACGUAUAGCCACCAUCGACCUCAUGCACAAUGAUCCAAACGCAAAUCAUAAUUAAACACCAACCAGUUGAUACACUGAAGGACCUCAACGUUAAGCGUACAAAAUGCGAGUUUGGGAAGCAACCGUUAAUCAGUGUCUUCGGACGAACUUCAAAAGGAUUUAAAUACGAGAAGGAUGUCCACUACUAGCGCUAGGAGUUAGAUACUAGCUACCAGAUUAGUCGAUUUACUCUUAUGUAGUUACCUGCCUUUUUCUUACAUUAGUGAGUGAUGAAAAACUGACGUUCGUAAAAGUAAGGGAACUGACUUUACGUGCAUUAAAAUCGUGCAUCUAGGAGGAUAUCAUCUGUACAUUACAUAGAAUGUCUUCUCAGAGUAUACCAUCGAGUAUCGAGACAGUGGAAACGACGAGAUUAAUAGCAAAGAUCACAGAAUGAUGCCCCAUAAUAAAAACGAAGAAACAAACUAACAGUGAUAUAUCACUGUAUAUACACAUAAAUCUAGGCGUAUUAUGUUUCUUUUAUAAACAUGACUUUACAGUCUCAAGAUUCGUGCAGGAAAAGAGAAUUAGAAAAGGGCAAAAUUAAUUUUUUUUAGAAAAAAAAAAAAAGAAACAUGUAGAUGAGACAUUUAGAUGCGCGAUAUCCUAAUAAUGAAUUCGAGAGAAGAUUUUGAAUAAAAUUGCAGUUGAGUAUGCUGUAAUACUCUUUCAUUAAUAUAGAUAGCCAAACUCGUUUGCAGGCAGCGGCAACGACCAAUAGCAGCAGCAGCAAGAUAAAGCGGAGUUAUUAAGCAGCAUUCAGUGAUAACCUUUGCUAGACGAUAGCGAAAAUAUGUGUUACGUGAUUUUUGCGUUGUCAAAAUUGUCACAGGUCAAAGUUGUUGAAUCCAAAAAGAGAAGACAAAAAACAACCGAGCUGGACAACAAAGGACUAAGAAGAAUCAUGUUUAAACGAGGCCCCUUGGGGCCUUCAGAUACUGAACGCUUUUCUCCUCCAACUGAUCAGAUGCUAUGUUUAGACGGAAGUCUGACGAAUCGAUAAGUAUAGUCUGGGAUGUUUGGACGAGAACGCUCGCACCCCACUAGAGAACUAAUCAAGAAGACGGAGAAUAUUGGAAUCAAAUACGAACCGACGAGUUGAAAUAAUUGAUCCAAAAUAGAUAGAAGAAGAUAUCCGUGACGCUAAUAAACGAUACUAGAAAAAGUUAUAAAUCUGAUAUUUUAUGAAAAGGUAUAUUUAGCAGCAGUAACAAAACGGCUGUAAAGAAAAUGUAUAGAUCAAGAUCGGUAACUUGUAGAGAUGUUAACAGACGAUAUUGAAUAGAUGGACUUUAUGAAAAUAUGGAUACUAGUAACAAGCUUGAUAAACAUGUACACGAACGAACGGAACACAAACGUAAUUAAUACACCCGCGAAGCUGUAAAUAUGGUAUAAAUAUACAGGUAUGUGCGAAAUGAAAACAUUUGGAGUGAAUUAAAAGACAUGCAAUACUCAGAGCGGUUAAAGGAAAUCCACUAUCUUUUUCAGUGUCUCUAGGUCCUACAGAUGAACGAAUUUGGCCCAUGGCGGGAAAAAGCCAAAACAACAAAAAGCAGACUUUCUUGAAGGUCUAGUGAAUCUACGAAAAUGAAGCCGGAAAACCUUAUGAAAUGGCGAAGAGUGAUUUUUCCGAUGAAGAUAUUGUUGGUUUGACUGAAACACUUCUUGAAGUACAGCCAGAUACAUACAGGCACUGAUAUAAAUGAAGAAUUUUUUUUCUAGUUUCGAGGUCAGUCGAACGAAAGUUGCAUACCCAUGGUUGGGGAUUAACUAAGCUGGCUGGUACAACCACACCGUGGACCACAAACAAAAUAUGGCGUCGUGUAUGGGCGACCCGACGAUUGUUAAGAGUGGAAAAAGACAGGCUGAACGAGCGAAAGAAAAACACCGGUGACGACGUGCAAGUCUAACCGAAAUGAGAUAACAUACGCCGGCCGAAAAGAAGAAGAUGUUAGCAGACGACCAGAGACAAGUGCUUAAGGCCGUGCAGAAAGCGAAAAGGGAUUAUAUAUAUACAUAUAUAUAAUGUAUGAACGCGUCUGCCAACAAUGUGACGAUGAGAUGGUAACGGACGAUAUGCACACAAACAAAUGUACAGACAUGCAUUGAAAAAAGCACUCAUAAACACAGACAGACUUAUCAUAUUAUAAGAAAACUCCUAUAAUACAGGUCUUUUAUCUCCUCUGAAAAUAGGAGAAGGUUAAAGUAGGCUUCCGAUUUCAUUCAGUUCUAUACUAAAUAAGAAGAGGGGUCCAUCCAUUAAAAAUAGAGAAAAAAAAAAAAGACCCUAAGGAAUCCAGGAUUGAUGCAACGAGAAGUAGAGAAAGAAACGACAGAAAUCCAGCUUCUCUGCCAAUUUGGAUACCUGGAGUAAUAAUAAUCAUAGCAAUAAUGCGGACAACCCCUACUAAACUGGUCAAUCACUCUAACAGACAAAUAUAAUUGGGGAAAAGUCGAUAAUAAACGAUCUAUUAUUGACACAGUGUGAAAACGAACGCCUGCAAGAUGAUUUCGACAAGGAAUGAUUCAUGACUGACAAGGCAAAUUACUAAAAUAUUUCUACAAAGAUAUAAAAAAACAAUUAACGAAGUGAAUUGAUACUUUAAGAAGGGCCAGAUAGGCAUAGAUUUAACAGAGGAAUAGAUGGUAGACAGAGAUAAAAGAAAUAGCGCGAUAGGUUUAAAAACGUGAAAAAUAAGAAAAGGCCCUAGCAGGGCUAAUAUAAUAUGGGAUAGGUGUGUUGAACGUCCUUUUGAUGCUGCGUGUAUGCGACAGACAAAAAGGAAAUACGGGAAGAAAGUCUGCCACGAAUAGCAUAGCAUCAAUGCUUAGAUAAGCGACAGGAGCGAAGGGGUGCAGGUAAGUCGGCUUCUGUCGAAAGGCAAAAUUGUGGAGGACAUGUCAGAUGCUCGAAAUUGAAAACAAUAUCCGACGUAUAAUCAGACUAGCGGGGUAUCGAGAGUGAACGGCGAGCCAACAACUGCAAAGAACAGUCCACAGACAAAUGAUAACUCUCGUUUUGAUGAUGAUUCAUUGAGAAAAUGUUACUGAAUAGAAGAUGAACUAAUGAGAUUUGUAAAUAAAAAUAAGACAAUA